AUGGCCCCAGAGUCUCUGACCGUUACCACUACCCAAGAGAAUCACGACAUAACCAUAGGAACUAUAAAAUGCACUGCAUCCAUUCCAUUCGGAGGCGAAGGGCAAUGGAUCUAUCUACCGGCCACCAAAAAGUUCGACUUGUCUCGAGGAGCGGAGCGGAAAAUGGUUCUCGAGUGCGAUGAAGAACGCAGCAACCAUACCGGCUUCAUGAUUGACCCUGGCAAGUCGGUCCUGAUUGUCGUUGACAUGCAAAACUACUUUGUCCACCCAUUGUAUCGCGACCACGCAGCGGGAAUUACUGCAAUCGAUCCUACUUUGAAGGUCAUUGAGAGAUGCCGCAAAGAAGGCAUCCAAGUUGCCUGGCUGAACUGGGGCAUCACCGACCAUGACUUGAACAAGAUGGCACCCGCUAUCCAGCGCGGCUUCAGCAAGACGCUGGGAUGGCAUGUGGGGCUAGGCGCUCAGCUGCCUGACGGCCAAGGAAGAUGCCUGUUCAAGCGGACGUGGAACGCAGCCCUAUACGGACCGUUUCAAGCAGUCGCCCAGCCCGGCGAUCUCUUUUUCGACAAGACGAGAAUGAGUGGUCUCUGGUCUGAGAAGGAACCCAUCCAUGAGUAUCUGCGGGCAUCUGGCAAGCAGACACUGCUCUUUGCUGGCGUCAACACGGAUCAAUGCGUCUUUGGCACCGUGUCCGAUGCAUACUCGUACGGAUGGGACUGUGUUUUGCUCAGCGACUGCACAGGCACAAUGACGGGACGCGGAGCUCAAGAGCUGGCCGAAUACCAGAUUUCGCAAAACAUGGGCUUCGUCAUUGAUAGCAACACUUUCUGCAAUGCUCCGGCAUGUUCAUCUAACUCGUGUAGGAGGCCAACGUUCAGCACUAACCGCCCUCUAGUCAUCGACGACUUUCUCCCCAGUCUCACGCUUUCCAUUUCCUGGCCGGAUGCAAAGGCUAAGCUAGGCAAUACUAUCGACCCAGAAGACCUCCAAAAGCAACCCACCGUGAUUCUGCAUGACGACACUAGCCCGAACGGCAAGCAUGCUAGUUCUGGUAUGAGCUACAUUAUCACCUUGACAGACCCGGAUGCCCCGUCCCGCGACAACCCCGAGUGGAGUGAAUUCUGUCACUGGAUUGCUUCAAACGUCUCCAUCGCUCAAGAUACAUUUUCCGUCCUGCCUGUACCAGAGUUUGGUCUCACCGAGGACAUUGAAUCGACAGAGGAGCUAGAUGAUGUCAUGGAAUACAAGCCUCCUGGCCCGCCACCCAAGACUGGCAAACAUCGCUACGUGUUUCUUGUUUUCGCACCCAAGAAUGGCACGACCGAGCCUUUGCAUCCGAGCAAACCGCAGGACCGUAAGCAUUGGGGUAUGGGGAAGGAACGUGGUGGUGUAAGGGAAUGGGCUCAGGAGAAUGAGCUGGUUCCCGUGGCAGCGAACUUUAUCUAUGCCGAGAAUGAGGAGCAGUAA